UUGGGUGCAUUGCUAUAGGUCAGAUUCUGUCUGUUUAUUCUGAAAGAUCAUAUAUUUUUGCAGGUAUGCCGAAGGCCACGAUGGUGUUAAUGGUAUGGGUAGUACUGGGGCAGUUUAUCAGUACUCCAGAGGCUAUUGGCAAGGUGUUUGGGAGAGGAACUUCUGCUACUGGAAUGUCUUUGAAAGCUGCGUAUGUUGACUACAUCCACCCAGUCAAGAGCCUGUGUGAUUGUCGGAAGGUCUGCUUCGCCAUACCAAAUUGCACCAGCGCUUCUGUCUCGGAGGACGCACUGAAAUGCAAUGUAUCCUACAGGCCGUUUGCGUGGGACAAUCUCGCCCCUUCCAGUGGCGCCGCGGUCACCUACGUGUGGCCCCCCGAGUACGAACCCUAUGGCGAGCGGUACUACAAGGUGUAUGAAGCCUCAGAUUAUGGACCUGGUAAAAAGAGAUGUCUUGAUGACAUGGGACAGCUGGCCAUCCUGGACACUCCGGAGAAGUUCGUCGAGGUAACGAAGUACUUGGAAUCGAAAGGUCUGGACAUUGCAUGGAUAGGCCUGUUUAUCUACAACCCUGCCGGAUCUGAGCCACCCGUCUGGCAGUACAGGGAAGCUAACGUCAGCUCAACUGGAAUCACGUGGAUCUCAUGGUCACGUUGCUUUCACGUGACCAAAUUUGGUGGGACCUGGUCGAUUAAGAAUGCCAUUCUCGUGUGCAACUUCCCCUUACAACCCGUCUGCCAAAGGGACUUCUAACGCAGAUCACCUAUUCCAAGUCUUCAGGGGCUUUUUGUUGAGUUAUUUUCAGAUUUGUUUUGGUUGCAGCUGUUUCCGUAUAUCUUUGGUGUUGACUGUUCUCAGAUAUCUUUGGUUGUGGCUGUUUUUUUUUUUUUUUUGGCUGUGCAUGUUUACAGAUAUUAUUGGAUGAGGAUGUUCUCAGAUAUCUUUGGUUGUGGCUGUUUUCUGACAUCUUUGGUUGUUUCUAUUCUCAGAUAACUUUAGUUGUGGCUGUUUU